CCACAAUAUCAUUGUCUUACCUCAAGCACUCCCGGCCAUUCUUCCGAAUCAACUCAUCCAUAAUGGGAGCCCAAUUUUCACAGUUCUUUCCCCCUCGCCCGACAUUCACUUUAUCUGACGUCCCUUCGCAGCAUGGGAAAGUCAUCAUAGUGACGGGAGGCGCAUCGGGGAUCGGGCGGGAGCUGGUGUGUAUGCUCUAUGAGAAAGGGGCGACCGUCUACCUGGCGGGUCGCUCUGAGUCCCAAACCCAGGCCACUAUUCACUCCAUCCAAGCAAACCAUGCCGCUACCACCCCCAACUCACCCGCGGGCGAGCUACAUUAUCUUCCGCUGCACCUGGAAGAUCUCACUACGAUCAAGUCAACGGUUGCUGCGUUUGCCGCGCGGGAGAGUCGGCUGGACCUUCUUGUGAACAAUGCGGGUGUCUCGCAGCCGCCGCCCGGCAGUGUAUCAGCUCAAGGUAUCGAGCUUCAACUCGCCACGAACUGCCUGGGCCCGUUUCUUCUCACCCAGCUCCUGCUUCCAUUUCUCAAGGCGGCGGCGACGAUCAGCGGAUCCAGUGAAGAAGGCACUACAGCACCUCGUGUGGUCUGGGCCAGCAGCCAAGUCGCUGAACUCUCCGCGCCUCCGGAGGGAAUUGUACUGGCCGAGCUCCGCAAUCCGCCACUCAACCAGCCCGUGCGGAACUAUGUGACCUCCAAGCUUGGCAACUGGUUCCUGAGCGUCGAAUUCGCUCGCCGGUAUGGCGGGAACGAUGGAGCAGUGGGAGAAGGACGUCGACGACGACUAGUCAGCGUGGCGCAGAACCCCGGCGCGGCCAACACAAACCUCUUUCGAUAUGCGCGUUGGACGAGGAUUUUAUCUAGGCCAUUGCUACACAGUCCUCAACUUGCCGCUCAUACUGUGCUCUACGCUGCAUGCGCAGAGGAGCUGGAUCGACCAGAACACAAUGGCGCGUAUAUCAUCCCAUGGGGGAGAAUUCAUCCCGGAGUGGCCGCUGCGCUGGCAUGCCAUUUGGCACCGGAAGACGAGGGCGGCACGGGCCGCGCCCGGGAAUUCUGGGAGUGGUGCGUGGAGCGUACACGGGAUUAUUUAUGAACCUCUCUCUUAUGUUAGAAGCAACAUUGGUUCGGUGAGUAGGGUAGAUACUAGUUAAUUCCUCCUCGUUGUACAACUGUUGGAGCGUAAGCCUCUUGUGUAACUUAG